AUGUCUACGAGAAGAGCAAGAAUAAAAGCUGUAACAGCUUUACCUCCUAGGCGAAAAAAUGCAGUUGCCAUUAAUAAUAAGCCAGAAAAUGAAGUGAAAGUUCCUAGCCCAAAAGCAACCACUUCUGCUGUUACAAAUAAUACUGACACACCAACAAAUGUAGAACCAAUCGAAUCUCUUAAACUAGCUAUAGAAACAAAUAAACCCCCAACUCCCACAGUAACCCCACAAAUUAGUAAUGCACCUACAAUACUAAAUGUUUACAGAUGUCCUACUCCUAAGCCCAAUAUACAAAAUGUAUUUGCUUCUCCAUUAAUUCGGAGUAGUCCCAAAAAAACAUUUGCUUCGCCAAAUUUACCAUCACCUUUAAAUGUUGCGAGAAAUAUUGAUAUUACACGAACACCUAUACGACAAGCUACACCAAAACACCAUGAGUUUAAUCAAAAUACUGAAUUGCACAUGGGAAGUGCUUCUAUCAACAGAGUCCAGCAGAAAAGCAGAAUAGAAGUGUAUAAUGUUUCUAAGAUACCAGAAAAUAUUUCAAACAAUGCCAUGGAUGGCAUUGUUCCUUUACAACCGGCCAGAGCCCCUCCAAAACCAAUAGAGAAACUUAAGAAUGAUAUAAUUUCUGAAAAUGCUGAGGUCCUUUUUGAUCCGAUUGUACCAUUACCAUCUCCAAACAAAGUACGUCCUAAACUCCGGCCUGUGCCAAGGUUAGGUCCUCGAAGAAAUAGUAUACAGGGUAGUGCCAGUGAAUCUGAAGAUGAAAGCCGUCGGAGUCUCUUAAGUGGUAGCAACACUCCAGGACCUAGGACGAGGCAUGACUCCCACUCGCAUAGUAUGCUGCAAACUAUGCUGAACAGAGAAGUGAAUCGUGUUAGAAAUGACUCAGUCUGUUCAAGUGUAAGUCAAGCCACCGGACAGCAGACACCAGCUUCUCCCCUCAAAGAUAAAAGCCUUAAAUCGCGACGUGCGCACGACACGUCAAGUAGACGUGCAACAAUGGCAGCUUCGCGGCGUCGUCGAAUAGCCAAACGUGAGGAAAUGACUAUGUACGAUCUCAUCUAUUACAACCCAUCGGAAAACCCCAUUAUACCAGACGAAGACGAAAUAAAGGCUAAAGAAGAAAACGCAAAGGAAUUGGCACAGCAAAAAGUGGAAAUGAAAAAAGAAGAGAAUACAAAAGAGACAACGAACGAAUCGGCUCCCGCGCCACAAAUUAAACUGGGUCCUAAUGGUGAAAUUGUGCUGGAUGAAUCGAGCUUGGUAAUACAACAAACACAAAAUCAGAAGAUAUCAUCAGUUGUGCGCGAAGGAGCAUGGAUGCCCUGUCAAGGGAAGUACAAACGGGCCCCCAGGACGGCAGACUGGACUGGACCAGAGACAGUCCGGUUUUACAGAGCAUUAGCGGCUAUUGGCACAGAUUUUACAUUAAUGGCUGCACUAUUUCCAGACAGGACGCGAAAAGAUCUCAAACUGAAGUUUAAAAAAGAAGAAAAGCUUAACGGAGAACAAGUCGACAAAGCGUUACGUUCAAAGAUAUCGUGGAACGCUGUAUCUCUGAAGGAAGAGUUUGCUGAAGAAAGAGAGGCAGCUAAGCGUAAAGCAGAAGAAGAAAAGGCAAAAGAGAAAGAAUUGUACCUGCAGCAGAAGAAGGCAGAAAAAGAACGAAUCAAAACAUACAGGGCAAAAAGUCGAGGUUUAAAAGCAUUAGAAGUAAGCGAAGAAGAUGACGUAAAGCAAAAAGAGAAUACAGGAACGGUUAAUGAAUUGCUAAAAAGGACCGCAAACGCUUAUAAAAAAGUGCCUCCAGUUAAUUUAACCAAUAAUAAAUCUGAACAAAUAAGCUAUAAGCGACCGAUACCAAUAACGCCUGUGAUAAAAACUAGUAAUUCCGCCCGCACAGUUAAUAAAACUCCAACACUGGCAAUACCAGAGAAGGUGUACAAGCGACGAAAGUCGAAUACCACCCCGGGUCCAACAGACAUGGCAACAAUAACGAAAUUAAACACCCCCACAUCUACCAGAACACCAGAACUUUCUCUACACAACCUACCAACGAAUAUAGAGACCGGGUCACUGAUAGUGUUAACAGUGAACGAUCCAAAAUCCCCUGGAAAGAAAAUGUUGCAAACCUACAUAGCUCAUGAGAAGGGGAAAUUAUCGCAAGUCGCUUUGCCCUCGGUGCUUUUAAAUUCGGUGGUGGGGUAUAUGAAGAAGGGUACUCCGAAAAGUACCGCAUCCGGAAAUUCCUCUCCGCUGUUAUCCCCUUUAAAUGGUGAUAGUAGAAGUAGUACCCCGAGUGUUAAGACUUCUGAUAGGAUACGAAAUAGUUCCUUUUCUAUAACAGAGCUUUAG